AUGGCAAACAGCAAAUGGACUAUUGCUUACCCGUCAGGAAGAAGUGAAUAUCUUCGUUUUGAAGGCUCUGAUCACCGCCCUCUAGUAUCUUCCUUCGAUCCUGUACGCAAAAGAAGAAAAGGUCUCUUUCGUUAUGAUAGAAGACUAAGGCACAUACCAGAAGUCAAAAAACUUAUCUGUGACACAUGGAACGCCUGCCCUGAUGCGGGAUCAACUAGAAGAGGCAAGAGCCCUCAAGCCCUACUGGAUGAUCUAAACAGAAAGUUAACAAUUGCCUAUCAAAAAGAGGAAGAGAUUUGGAAACAACGCAGCCGCCAACUCUGGCUAGCUUUAGGAGACAAGAACUUUGGGUUCUUCCAUGCUGCAACAAAGAGUCGUAAGGCGAUCAACAAUAUAUCAGUUCUUGAAUCAGAGCAGGGAGAUGCAAUCUAUGAAGAACAGGAGAUUGUUGACACUAUUUCCUCUUACUAUCAAGAGUUAUUUACCUCGACUGCAAGAACCAGGUCCACAACAGUAAGGGAUGCUUUAACACCAUGUAUUACAGAAGCAAUGAAUGAAGAGUUACUGAAGAUACCUUCCCCAACUGAAGUCAAGAAUGCUUGUUUUGACAUCCAUCCGGAUAAAGUUCCGGGACCCGACGGAUUCUCAGCAAGUUUUUAUCAACCAAAUUGGGACACCUUAAGCGGAAAGGUCACAACAGAGAUACAAGACUUCUUUACCUCUGGCUCCCUCCCGGCACACUCAAACCACACUCAUGUUAGACUGAUUCCAAAUAUUACUAGUCCGAAAAGAGUGGCUGACUAUCGUCCAAUAGCACUUUGCUCAAUCUUCUACAAAAUCAUUGCAAAAAUAAUCUCAAAACGACUGCAAUCCAUAUUACAAACCUGCAUAUCUCAGAAUCAGUCCGCUUUUGUCCCUGGUCGAGCAAUCACGGAUAAUGUCCUCAUCACGCAUGAAGCUCUUCAUUACCUGAAACAAUCCAUGGCACAAGAACGAGUUUACCUGGCAGUCAAAACUGACAUGAGUAAAGCCUACGAGAGAUUAGAGUGGAGUUUUAUUGAAGAAGUACUUACCAGAAUGGGCUUCCACCCUCAUUGGACUAAUAUAUUCAUGCAGUGUAUCACCUCAGUAUCCUAUUCCUAUCUCCUCAAUGGACAGGCCAAAGGAAUGGUGAAACCAAGUCGAGGUAUCAGACAAGGCGAUCCACUAUCUCCUUACAUCUUCAUUCUCUGUAGUGAAGUACUUUCAGGCUUAUGUAACAAAGCACAAGUUCAUGGUAAAUUACAUGGGAUACGGGUAGCAAAAGGGAGCCCACGGGUCAACCACCUCCUAUUUGCAGAUGACACUAUGUUUUUCUGUAAAUCAGAUAAAACUUGUGUCAGACAACUAAAGGAGAUCCUGCAUAAAUAUGAAGCAGCCUCAGGACAAAAGAUAAACCAAGACAAAUCUUCCAUUACCUUCUCGAGAAAAACCAAAAAUGAUAUCAAAGAAAGGGUUAAGCAGGAACUUGGCAUCAACAAAACUGGAGGACAAGGAAAAUACCUCGGGCUACCAGAGUUAUUCGGGAGGAAGAAAAAGGACCUAUUCACCAUGAUUGUAGACAGGAUAAAACAACGAGCUCUCAGCUGGUCCUCCAAAUUCCUCUCCUCCACUGGAAAACUGACCUUGCUUAAGUCAGUCCUGGGAGCUAUGCCCUCCUAUACAAUGUCGUGCUUUAAGCUUCCAAAUUCCCUCUGCAGUCGUAUCCAAUCCGCUCUAACCCGCUUCUGGUGGGAUGAGAAACCUGACAAGAGGAAGAUGUGUUGGAUUGCUUGGGACAAGAUGACUAAAUCUUUCAAAGACAGUGGACUGGGUUUCAGAGACUUACAAUGCUAUAAUGAUGCCCUUUUAGCAAAAAUCAGCUGGCGGAUUCUUACUCAACCUUCUUGUCUCCUUGCAAAAGUAUUAACAGGUAAAUACUAUAAAACCACAUCUUUCUUAGAGAGUCCUGUCCCAAAUCAUGCAUCACACGGGUGGAGGAGUAUUUGCUUAGGAAGAGAGUUAUUAAAGACAGACCUGAGCAAGCUACUUGGAACAGGUGAAGCAACACCGAUAUGGGGAACCCCUUGGCUCUCCUUAGACCAACCUUUUUCUCCUCUCGGACCCCCACAAAAAGAGGACCAACACUUGCGAGUUGCAGAUUUACUUCUCACUCAAUCUAAGGAAUGGAAUAUUCCUCUGAUCAAAAGAAUCCUCCCCUUUUAUGAGGAGAACAUCCUCAACCCUAAACCAAGUAAGCAAGGAGGAUCAGACUCUUGGGCGUGGCUCCCGACCCCUGAUGGAAUCUAUUCAGCCAAGUCAGGCUAUUACGAAGCCCUACAACAGAAAAAACACGUACCGUUUAAAGAUCGAUUUAACACUGAAUUAACCCUAUCUUUCAAAACAGGCCUUGUGGAAUCUACAAAGAUCAUAUGCCUCCCUCCCACUGGAAUAGCGACUGGUCCCCUUGCACCCUGGAUCAUCUGGACUCGCUGGACAGCUCGAAACCGCCUACUCUUUGAUAAGACCCAAAUCCAAACUACUGAAAUUAUCUCUCUAGCCAUCUUACGGGCAAAAGAAUGGCAGGAAGCCCAACAGACUCAAUCCAAUCGGACACCAGUUCAACCCAGAUCUCUGAUCCUUGGACAACGAUCGAUACAACCUUUUGAGAACCCAAUUACCUGUUUCACGGAUGCAGUCUGGCAGGUUAAUGGGAACACGGGCUGUGGAUGGAUCUUCAAAGACCAAUCCGGUGACAUCCUCCUCCAAGGUGAAUCUACGGCAACCCACAUCCGAUCACCUCUGAUGGCCGAAGCACUAGCAACUCUCACGGUUUUGGGAGUUGCCAUUGAAUCGGGUUUCAACAAGAUCUCCUUUGCUUCAAACUCGCAGAUGCUAGUCCAAGCACUCAAUCGGAAGACCUCUCCAAAAGAACUCUGCGGGCUUCUAUAUGAUUCCCACUCUCUCUCGGAUCGUUUCGAUUUGUGUAGUUUUUCUCAUAUCUCUAGACUCGAUAAUUUCCAAGCUGAUGCUCUGGCAAAACAUGCCCUAAAAGACAUUUGUAAUUGCAACUAA